AUGCGUGCAGAGAAGGCGAGGUGCCAAGCCACCAUGCGAUACUGCGAGCACAGUGAGAUGACGAUGUCAGGUGCCGUGAAAUCACAAUCAACAAUUAAAGGAGAGGCUAGUUGUAAAUCAAAGAACCCAGCGGUGCUCCCCACAAACUGGCCAAUACUGCGCAUGUUCCCUUCCUUCGUGGCCAACUUCCACAAGAUGAAUGACUAUUUCACCCUGGUCCUCGCCAGAUCAGGCCACAACUUCAGGGUGCACGGCCCACCCGGGACCGGGAUGCGGUUUUUCGUCACAUGCGAUCCUGCCAACAUCCGGCACAUCUUCACAACGAACUACACCAACUUUCCCAAGGGUGCGGAGUUUGCCGCAAUCUUUGACAUCAUGAGCGGCGGCAUCUUCACCAUCGACGGUGAGCCAGCUUGUCGACAGCGCACGAAAAUCAAGAGCGUGCUCAGCAACCCACAGUUGGUUGCAAGGAUUGAGGGUUGGUCCCGCGACAAGGUGGAGAACAACCUCCUCCUGUUGUUUACGCACAUGGCGAGAACCAGCACUUCGUUCAACAUGCAAGAACUGAUGUCGAGGUUAAUGUUUGACCUUGCUGCUAUGCCUCUCUUCGGCGUGGACCCCGGCCUUCUAUCUUUGGACAUGCCUCCCAUGGAAGCCGCAGUCGCCAUGGACACAGUCAUGGAGGUGGCAUAUUUUCGGGUCGUGGUGCCAGCUUCUUGUUGGAAGUUGAUGAGGCGGCUGAACAUCGGCCCUGAGAGGAAGCUCAAGGCAGCACACAAGGUGCUGCGUGGGUUUGUCAUGGAGAUGAUGGAGAGGAGGAAGAUUGACACAUCUUCCGUUGGUAAUGGCAAGCAACAUGAGGGUGUUGAUAUAAUGUCUUCCUUCCUCGACGACCCCUAUUAUACCGAUGAUGACAUGUUCAAUGCAUUGACCAUUAGCUACAUGAUCGCUGCGAGGGACACAGUUGGAACGGCUCUGACAUGGAUUUUCUACAACCUUUCCCAGAACCCUAAUAUUGUGUCAAUCAUCCGCAAUGAACUGUCGCCGAUCGCAUCAUGCAAAGUAGCGGCCCAUCCAGAUGCCAUGGUAAUCUUUGAGCCGGACGAGACCAAAUCUCUAGUCUAUCUGAGAGCUGUCUUGUACGAGACUCUAAGGUUGUACCCACCGGCCCCUCUCGAGCGCAAGAUGGUGGUCACCAAUGAUAUCUUGCCGAGUGGUCAUGAGGUGCAUGCCGGCGACACCAUCCUUAUUUCUCUCCAUUCCAUGGGAAGAAUGGAGGGCAUAUGGGGUAAAGACUGCCUCAACUACAAUCCAGAUAGGUGGCUCUCGGAGGAUGGUAACAAGCUGAGGUACGUACCAUCUCACAAGUUCUUGGCCUUCAACUCGGGUCCGAGGAUGUGCCUCGGCAAGGACAUCGCGGUUAUGCAGAUGAAGACCGUCAUUGCCUCAACGUUGUGGAACUUCGAUGUGGAGUUAAUGAAAGGGCAAUGCAUCGAGCCUAAGUCAUCUUGUAUACUGGAGAUGAAAAAUGGGCUCAUAGUUAAGCUAAAGAAGCGAGAAAUGUUACAUUAG